AUGACGGCCAGUCAAGAUAUUAUUACUUUAUCAAACCCCGUGUUGCUUGAAAAAAUCGACAAGCUCCGCGAUGCGAAUAUUGGUCAACAUGUGCCGCUCCCUCAGCUUGUUGUGGUUGGAGACCAAAGCUCUGGCAAAUCCUCUUUGUUAGAAAGCCUGAGUGGCAUUCCGUUUCCUCAGGACCAAAGCCUCUGCACUCGUUAUGCAACGCAAAUCACUUCGCGACGUGAUAUCAGCAACUCUGUUGAAUUUGCAGACAUCUUGAAGAAGGCCAAUGAAAGAAUGGGUGUACGGGCUAAUGUCUCAACGGGAAACGGCACCGUGUUCAGCGAGGACGUCCUUAAGAUCGAGGUUUGCGGACCUAACGAGGACUAUCUCACCAUCAUCGAUGUUCCUGGAAUUUUCCGCACCACUAUGCAAGGAACCACCAAAGACGACAUGGCCAUGGUGAGAGACCUGGUCAAGAGGUACAUCAAAGAUGGCCGCACCAUCAUCUUGGCAGUGCUGCCUAGCAAUGUCGACAUUGCCACCCAAGAGAUCUUGGAGCUUGCUGAAGAAUACGACAAGAAUGGCGAACGCACUCUCGGUGUUCUCACCAAGCCUGAUUUAGGCAAGAAACGGCCACUCAAUCUUGGCUACUUCCUUGUCCGAAAUCGCGGACCGAACGGCGACCUAGAAGGGCCUUCGGAACUUGACAAGAUUUUCCGAAAGCAACCAUGGGCUGAUCUUCCGCGAGAUCGAGUAGGUAUCGUAGCCCUUAAAGAGCAGCUCAGGUCACUCUUGGUUGAGAUUACCCGACGAGAGUUUCCUACAUUGAUCCAAGACGUCAGCAACCAAAUCAGAGAAUGCAAAAGAGAACUAAACAGCCUUGGACCGCCUCGUCAGGAUGAGCGCGAGCAACGAAGUUUUCUUAGUAGCAUUGCUGAGGCUUUCCAGGAUCGCACCAGGGCAGCAUUGACGGCUGAUUAUAAUGCCAACUCGGGUUUCAACGAGGGUGAGCUUCGCCUCAUCACUCACGUGGUCAACAUUACCGAUGUCUUCAGCGCUGAUUUUCACGAGAGUGCCCAUUCACGACACUUUGAGAAGCUUGAACCGGCAGAACCGCCCGAAGAAGUUGAGACACCUGAUGAUAGUGAUGAUAAAGCCGGGUUGAUGGUAAACGAACUGCGAGAGCUCCUCGAGAAGGCAAGAGUGGAUGAUGUUGCACCGGAGGAACUUGCUGAACUUGCCGACAUCAUUUCUCUGGAGAAGAUAUCCAUGCCCGUGCCGUGUGACAACUUUGGCGAAUGGAUCAAUAGCGUCUACCUGCAAUCUAGGGGCCUGGACCUGGGUACCUUCAACGCAAACUUCCUUAUCACAGCUUUUGCAGAGCAGUCGCGUAAGUGGGGAGACAUAACGAAGAUCUACAUGAGAAGAAUCAUCAUCGCUCUCCAUCGCUUCAUCGCCGCCGCACUCCGUUCCGUCUGCUCGGAAGAGCAAGUUCGCAGCAAGGUGUGGACCGCAAUCCUAGAGAGCUUGAAGGAAGGCUACAAGAAGGCAGUGGACCAAGCGAUACUGUUGGUCGAAGUCGAGCAACGCAAGCAACCCUAUACUCUUAACAAGCAGUUUGCUCAAGCUUUGUCAAAGGCCAGGGGCUACCGAGUCGCGGAAACGCUGCGACCCAAGGCUAGAAAGGACACCAAGCAAUUUGGAGGGACUCAGUUCGUGAUUAAUUUGGACGACAUUGCCAAGGCUGUCGAAGUUAAAAGCAAUGUCGAGCAAUUGCAAGAAGAGAUUCAUGAUAUUCUUCAUGCCUACUACAGCCUAGCCGCUGACCGGUUCAUCGACAAUGUCUUUCAGCUCGCUGUUGACUACUGCCUGUUGCGUUGCCCUUCCAGUCCCUUGAAGGUUUUUACCCAGGUUUGGGUUAUCGACUUGGAAGCUGAGCAGCUUGAACAGAUUGUUGGUGAGACCAGAUCUGCUAAGAGGCGCCGUCAAGGAUAUGUGAAGAAGAUUGCGGAUUUGACUAAUGCCUUGAAGAUCCUCCGAACUUAG